UUCCAACAGACCGAGAGAGGCGGCCACGAUCGCGAUCGCGCGAGCGCCCUCGUGAACGAAAACAUGGGCACCGUGAAGACCUAUAUCUUGAGCGUGAAGAACCUUAUCGAAGAGACCGAGACUAUGAUUUCGAUCGUGAGGACCGACACAGGCGUGACCGGGAACGAGAUCGAGAGCGGCGAAGGCGGCAUGAACGUCGGGAUCCUGAUCGCUAUCGAUCCCGCUCUCGUUCUCCACAAUUAGCCCCGCCGCGCUCUCGGUCGUCCAGCCCCCGGCAAAUUGCUGAUGAACUUGAAGAAACAAACAACAAUCCGGCGACAAACGGUACUGAUGAAAAUAUGACAGAGGAGCAAAAAGAAAUGAUGCGUAUCAUGGGAUUUUGCGAUUUUGACUCCACCAAAGGCAAACAUGUAAUAGGAAAUUCGAUCUAUGUGGCUAAUAUCACGAAGCAACGCAAGUAUCGACAGUAUAUGAAUCGCCGUGGUGGUUUUAACAGGCCAUUGGAUCCAGUCGCCU